AUGCUCCAAUACUUCGAGCAUUAUCAGCCUGCGCAACUGGCUAUUCUGGUCAAGAUCGAAGAAGAUCUGAAUUCUCGCAACUCACACACAGAUCCAGGUUUUCGAGACCGCGCUGCUAGACUUCUCUUGCGCUUCGGCAACGACCUGAGGAAACCAAACAAUGCCACAUACUUGGAGAAUAGCGCCCACGAUGCGUCUGUGACGCCCGAGCCGUUUACUGAAUAUGAAGUUUUAGAACACAUCCAAGUUGAAGAUUGGAUCGGUACCAUUUCAGCUGACAUUGAGCGCCUAUUUCCCACCCCUGACCAAGAUCCCGUGCCUUAUAUCUAUGCUGGUGACAUGAUCCCAUUGGCACUGCAAGAUAGCUUCCCAAAUCUUGACGUAUCUCCAAGACUCGGUAGAUACGGAUCUACUCUCCCGAAGAGCGAAGACGAGAAUAUGGACUAUAAUCCGGAUGACGAAGAAGAGGAGGAAUAG